AUGCCUUUUCCAAGUCUAUUCCACUCCUUUCGAUUCUACUGGAUUGUUCUUUUCACUGCUGCGAUGCUACGGGUAUGUCCGAGUUCAGCAAAGACAGCAGUCAGCUUUGAAGAUCUUUCAAGUGAUUAUCACGACCAUCAAACGAAGCAGCAUUCAACUACGAAGAACGUGACGUCACUACUAAAAGAAGAAGAGGAAGAAGAAAGAAUGCCCGAUGCCAUCUCGAUUAUGCAUUUUUUACUGGGUAUAAAGAGAGGAAGACUGGAAUCGUCGGAGCUCCAAGCGAGCACAAGUAGUAGAAUUGAUCCCGAUGGCGUUGCGCUCAACAAAGCUAGAUUCAUAGCGAAUCCCGAUACGAGUGCCGUAGCCGCAUUAUUCCGAAAUCAUGGGAUGCACGACAUCGGUGCAGACAAGCAUCUCGUAAGUAAGUUUGAAGCAUGGAAAAAGGAAGUGACUCAAUUUUACAACGGCGAAAGCGAUAUGGCUUUCGCCGCAAUGGACGCGUUUAUGAAAACGCAGCCUACACUGCAAAAAGCGUGGAAAACAUACCAUAAUGAACCGCGCCAAUUCCUUGCAUGGCUUGUAAGCAACUUUGACGACCGUGUUUUACAAGACUUAUUAAUAAAGGCAUGGAAAGGAUUUGUCGAGGCGGUACAUAAAGACAAGAAUCCUGAUGAUCUGCUGAUUCGAGAACUGAUGGAGCGCUACAAAUUGAAGCAAAUAGCUAACUUUGUAUGGUUAGCACAGAAGGAUGCGUUUGUGGUGAAUCCGGAGGAGCACGUUUUGCCUAUGACUUUGCUACUGUUCGACACUUGGGAUGGUUUAGUUGAAACAGAGAGAGUUGAACGGUUGACGUUGGAGAUGUCUCACCAACAUGAUUUUUUAAACAGCUACUUGCUACGGCUGUUGUUACUGUACACUAACCAUCGUAAGGUAGACUUUCCUGCAAAAUUGCUGAUCACACAACUGAAGGCAACGCAUCAAAUGGAUUACAAGAAGGUGGCAUUUGCAAUACUCGAUGCGGAGAGGUUUGGAUAUAUUUCGUCAAAUAUUGCCCGCAGAUUGGAGGAGGCGCUGGGAGUGCAGUUAAAGGACUCGAAAACUUAUAGAGGACAAAGAGGGUCAGUGCAGAGUUAUAAGGAUGAGUAUAAGCUACUCCAUCCUGAAAAAUAA